AUCCCAGAAUUCUAUAUCUCCUGCCUGGUUGUCCUUGAGCCCAGUUGAGAAGAAAAAACAAGGGAAAUAGCACAAAAAAUACACAGAGAAAUAAGCACAAGAAAGAGAGAAAACAAAGAAGGAAAGAAAGCAAAGCAACCCAGAAAGCCAAGAAAGAGAGAGAGAGAGAGAUUGUUACCAAAACAAUGGCCAGCUUCUUCUACUCUUCAGCCGUGCUUGGGAUCUGUGCAUUGGUCUUGGUUCUUCUCGGCUCAUCAUCCAUCGUCCAUGCAAGUGGAUCCCAACACCAGCUGGGAUGGAUACCCACCAGAUCACCCUGCAAGGGCACCAUAGCGGAGUGCCUGGCCGGGGGCGAGUUUGAGCUGGACACUGAGAUCAGCCGGCGCAUUCUAGCCACCAGCAACUACAUCAGCUACGGUGCGCUGCGGAGGAACUCUGUGCCCUGCUCUCGGCGUGGGGCUUCUUACUACAACUGCCAGCCUGGCGCUCAGGCCAAUCCCUAUAGCCGUGGCUGCAGUGCCAUUACAAGGUGCCGUUGAUUUCUUUUUCUUUAUUUUUAAUGUUCUUUAUUUUUUUUUCGAAAUGGGUUUGAUUGUUAUACAUGAAGAAAGCGAAAGAGACAGAGAGAGAGAGAGAUUUGUUGGCGAUGGGCCAUUGUUGUUGUUAUAAUUAUAUUUGGAUGUCUCUGUACAAGAUUAUGUUUAUUUUUAGUAUUCUUUCCAAGCUUGUGUUAUGGUUAA